CAUGCUUCCCUUUGGGGUGGAGCAGCCCCUUGUCCGUCCGUCUGCCGUUGCGCCGGUGGUCGAGUGUAUUGCAACGACCGCGGAUUGACGGCCGUUCCCGAGGGGGUCCCGCCGGGGGUCACCACCCUAUUCCUACAAAACAACCGUAUCGGAGACGCCGGGAUCCCACCACGUUUGGGUCAUUAUCAAGCUUUAAGGGUCCUUUAUCUUUACGCCAACGCAUUGGAACAACUCCCCCGUCAUCUCCCACCGGCUUUAAGGGAGCUUCACCUUCAGGAUAACAACGUCAGGGGGUUGUGUCGUCGAUCUUUAGCUCGUGCUCCGUUAUUAGAACGUCUUCAUUUAGACGAUAAUUCAGUAUCGGCCGCCGGGAUCGAAGAAGACGCCUUCGCCGAGAGCGGGAGGUUGAGGUUAUUAUUCCUAUCGAGGAAUCAUUUAAGCAGCGUCCCAUCCGGGCUCCCACCCGCGUUAGAAGAGCUUCGUUUGGAUGAUAACCGUAUCCACACCAUCCCGUUAAGAGCAUUUGAAGGUUUACCAGCCUUAAGGCGUUUGGUGUUAGACGGGAACCUAUUGGCCAACCAAAGGAUGGCGGAUGAUACCUUCAGUAAUCUAUAUAACCUAAGUGAGUUAUCGUUAGGUCGGAACGCAUUAGCGGCACCGCCGGCGAAUCUACCCCGAGCUCGACUCCGUCGCUUAUCAUUAGCGGCCAACCUUAUCAAUCACGUCCCGGCCGGUUCCUUAUCAAAGAUGAGAUGGUUGGAACGUUUGGAUCUAUCGGAUAACAACCUGACCACGUUACCCAGGGGGUUAUUCGACGACUUGAAUCGUUUGAGCCAUUUGGGUUUAAGGAACAACCCGUGGUUUUGCGGAUGUAAUUUAGCUUGGUUAAGGGAUUGGGUUCGACGGAGGACGGCCGGUGGGUUGGAGGUGAGGGGGCUUCUAUGUCAAGCACCGGCCCGGUUAAGGGGGUUACCUGUAGGGGAAUUAAGGGGGGAGAUGGACGCUUGUGGGACCCCAGCGCCGGUUAAUGGGGCACCGGGGGUCUCACGGGGUGGGGGAGUUAUGGGGCAACAAGGG